AUGAACUUCUCCGAAAAAUCGCCUUCCAAGUGGGCUUCUUUUGCCUCCCAUCAACGUUCAUCCCGCCAAGAAGUACAAGCAAGACCAGAACCAGCACCUAAGAAGUCAUGGAGGUCGAGAUUCAGAAGUCCAGUGUAUAAAACCAACACCAACAAUGGUACAACCGACCUCCCACCACCCUACACAACAACCCCGAUAUCCCCCCAAACCCUACCUCACCAUCAACAUCAACACCAACCAGCACCCCCAACCGCAGCAGACCAGGAAUCAGCCUACAGCUUCCUCAAUUCAUUCGACACAAUCUUCCUCGUAGACGACAGCACAAGCAUGAAAGGCCCAAACUGGACGCAAGCCGCCAACGCCAUCGCAGCCAUCGCCCCCAUCUGCACGAGUCACGACCCAGACGGCAUCGACAUCUAUUUCCUCAACCAGCCCGCAGCCAGCAACGCCCACUACAAUAUCACCACCCCGGGCCAAGUCCAUGAAAUCUUCACCAGCGUCACCCCGCGCGGCGCAACCCCUAUCGGGAAACGACUCAACGACAUCCUCAAGCCGUACAUGGCUCGCGUGGACCGGAUGCAUGCUGCGCAGGCGCAGGCGCAGACCGGUGCGAUCGAUGAUGAUCGGUUCUAUGUGCGGCCGGUGAAUAUUAUUGUGAUUACGGAUGGAGUGUUUACGGACGAUGCCGAGAGUGUCAUCAUGGGUGUAGCGCGGAAAUUGGAUUUGGUGGAUGCUAUUGCGUGGCAGGUUGGGAUUCAGUUCUUCCAGGUGGGGGAGGAUGAGAGUGCUCGACUGUAUUUGCAGGAGUUGGAUGAUUUCCUGGGCGGACGGUGUCGGGAAGGCUUGAGGGAUAUUGUUGAUACUGUUUCUUGGGGGAAUGGGGGACUUUGUGGGGAUGGAAUUUUGAAGACUGUUCUUGGGGCUGUAAAUAAGAGGUUGGAUCGGAGGGUUCUUCAGUAG